UUUAUCUAGAACGUACGUGUUGGAAACAUUGGUCGUCCUCGUCAGCUUUUUUCGUCGUCUUGUUGUGCUUCGAUUAAUCGCAUUUUACUAUAGAACUCCUAUAAAACUCAUAUAGAACUUCUAUAGAACUCCUAUAAUAUCUCGUUCCGUAUUAAAUUAAAAUAAAAACAAAAAAAGUAUCUAGGAAAUAGAAGAAUUGUAUCUAACGUUGAUUAUUGGUUUGGUUGGUUUGGCCUAUUCGGUUCUUGUUAGUGGAAUAUUGGCAAGAAAAGGCGUAGUCAAUUCCCUUCUCGGGCGGUGUGGUGGAAGACUGAAAGCUGAAACCGAAAUUGAACCAAAGGAAAAAACCGUUUUAAAGAAGUAUCUCGUUAUCUGCAUCGUCGUCGUCAUCAUAAUCGUGGGGCUUUGAAAUAGCGGUCUUGUAGUAGGUACCAGAAAAUUCUGGGUUAACGUGAUUUUUUUUGCCAGUGUGUGACAUUGUCCACAACCAAAUUUAUAUGACUAGGAAGUGUUUAUUCGAGUGAAGUGAUAUCUCGUAGAUAUUGAUUACUGUUUCACCGCACAAUUGUUCCCAAGUCGGUGGAUUUAUUAAUUUAAAGUGUUCAUCUGUUUCUUUUAAAAAGUGUGGGCGCCAAGGGAUUUUUUAAUUUUAACUGCUCUCAAACACUUGAAAUAUAACUUCUUCGGGCAAUAUACCUUGUACCUAUAGUAUAAUUGUUUUACUUUAUUUUUAUUUUUCUUCGUUUUAAAAGUUGAGUGUGAGAAAUAAAGAACAAAACGCAACACAAUGCAUUUCCUGAGGAUGUAUCUUAUGAGCUUAUUCUACGUUGUAUCGACCAACGUAUUCGCUUAUGGAUUAACCAACGAUAACGGCAGUAAAACAAGUUUAUUACCAUCUUCUCCUGGAAACGAUCAACCCAAAGCGACGUCUUCAGCCUACCUUAGGCCAUCAGCUACUCUACCAAGGAAGACCAUAAAAUCGGAUAAAAGUCCACACAUACUGAAUAAGAAAUUACUUAACAAAUUAGGCCUAGCUAAGGUUCGCGCCCCAAACAGCCACAACCGGAAACGUCUGGCCGUCGAGUCACGCCGUCACGCUUCGCCCGAUGAUUCACACAUGUUCAUCAUUAAGCUGCCACCAAACCUAUACUAUUACACAGGCCCAAAAGCAUCAGGAGGUAGUAAUUCUGCUGGCAGCACCUCCACUGCCGCAAAGAACAACGCUCUGGAUCAGGGUAACGGGAAAAAGGUUUCAUUUAAUUUCAACUCGAAUGGCAAACCCAGUCAUAUUUACCAUUGGAAUUUACCUGUCCUCAAGAAAAUACUCUCGAAUGAAUCAAGAUUUCCUACGUUACGUUCCAACGAUGACUUGAUCGACAUUAAAAACACUCCAACUUGGUCUAAACCAUGGGAGAACGAGACAAUUGAAAAGUCCUUUGGCAAAUCCAAUAUGGCAGAAAAGAAGUCACUGAAAAGAAAAUCUCCAUCCUACUAUGCACCGGCAAAUUCAGUCAACAAAAACAGUUUCAACAAGUACUUUGCAGGGAAUGGCAAACCGAAGGGAUUCUACGUUAUCAAGAAGAAUCAUAAAAAGGCGACAUACUUCAGGAAUAUAACUCCUUGAAGGUCAGACGACUAAUAAUGAAAAAAAAAAAAAUAUUAUACGACAUCGUUACUUUAUUGUACUUGCCUACUCAACAAAUACAAACUAUACAAGAACACACAAAUCUUAAAAAAAAAAAAAAAACUUGAAUGAGAAUCAUUUUUUUUGUACUUUUAUACAAGUUAUCAUCUUAAUGAUCAUCAUCAUCGUCUCAUAAUAAUUAUCAAGAACAACGUGGUAGGCAGCUUUUAUGAGUAGAUGAUUAAAAUAAUAAAAAUUAGACUUUAGUGAAGUAGCAGAUUAUAAUUUAUUUUAUAUAUUUUUUUUUAUAGAUAAUAGGUUGUUUGGUUGAUGAUUUUAUAUGAAUUUUAUAUUUGAAAUGGUACGCAAUUUGGAUUAUUUCAAUUUUGAAUUAAGGCAUGAAUAAAGAAUAAUAAAAAGAAAUAGCAUCGAAGUAAUACAUAAUUUUUAUAUAAUGUAAGUUAAAGAUUUGUUUUAUUUGUUAAUUGUAUUUAAUUGUACGUCCAUAUAUAAAAAUACUUAUGUAAGCACACACACUGACUGAUAAAUACAUUUAUACCUUUAAAUUUUGCAAU